GUAGUUUUGGAGAGAAGACUUAUGAGUGGAGCUCAGAGGAGGAGGAAUCGGUGAGGAAGGCAGGACCAGUGCAAGUCCUCAUCGUCAAAGAUGACCAUUCCUUUGAACUGGAUGGAAAAAACAUCCUCCUCUCAGAGGCUGUCAGAGAUAAAGAGGUCGUGGCUGUGUCUGUUGCUGGAGCUUUUAGAAAAGGAAAAUCAUUCCUGAUGGACUUUAUGCUACGGUAUAUGUACAAUAAGGAAGCAGUGGACUGGGUUGGAGAUUACAACGAGCCUCUGACUGGUUUCUCCUGGAGGGGAGGGUCUGAGCGGGAGACGACCGGCAUUCAGAUAUGGAGCGAAGUUUUCCUGGUGGACAAGCCCGAUGGUAAAAAGGUUGCAGUGUUGCUGAUGGACACGCAGGGGACCUUUGACAGCCAGUCCACUCUGCGGGAUUCCGCCACCGUGUUUGCCCUUAGCACAAUGAUCAGCUCGAUACAGGUUUAUAACUUGUCCCAGAAUGUUCAGGAGGAUGAUCUGCAGCACUUGCAGCUUUUCACUGAGUAUGGUCGGCUGGCCAUGGAGGAGACAUUCCUGAAACCUUUCCAGUCCCUUAUUUUCCUGGUUCGUGACUGGAGCUUCCCGUAUGAAUUUUCCUAUGGAUCUGACGGUGGCGCAAGAUUUCUGGAGAAGCGGCUGAAGGUCUCAGGAAAUCAGCACGAAGAGCUGCAGAACGUCAGAAAGCACAUCCACUCCUGCUUCACCAAAAUCUCCUGCUUCCUCUUACCUCACCCGGGCCUCAAGGUUGCCACCAACCCCAAUUUCGAUGGAAAACUGAAAGAAAUAGACGAUGAGUUCAUCAAGAACUUGAAGAUUUUGAUUCCGUGGCUUCUUAGUCCUGAGAGCCUGGAUGUGAAGGAGAUCAAUGGAAACCAUAUCACCUGUCGAGGCCUUGUGGAGUAUUUUAAGGCAUACAUAAAGAUCUACCAAGGGGAAGAACUGCCACACCCCAAGUCCAUGCUGCAGGCCACAGCAGAAGCCAACAACUUAGCAGCAGUUGCCACUGCCAAAGACACCUACAGCAGGAGGAUGGAAGAGGUCUGUGGUGGAGACAAACCCUUCCUUGCACCCAGUGACCUCCAGAGCAAACACGUGGAGCUGAAGGAGGAGGCUGUGAAGCUGUUCCGCGGGGUGAAGAAGAUGGGUGGGGAGGAAUUCAGCCGUCGCUACCUCCAGCAACUGGAGACUGAGAUAGAUGAGCUCUACAUCCAGUACAUCAAGCACAACGACAGCAAGAACAUCUUCCACGCCGCCCGUACCCCCGCCACGCUCUUUGUGGUUAUCUUCAUCACUUACGUGAUAGCUGGAGUGACCGGCUUCAUUGGCUUGGACAUCAUAGCCAGCCUGUGCAACAUGAUCAUGGGCCUGACCCUGAUCACGCUGUGCACCUGGGCUUAUAUCAGAUACUCUGGGGAGUACAGAGAACUGGGCGCAGUCAUAGACCAAGUGGCCGCAGCGUUAUGGGACCAGGGAAGCACGAAUGAGGCUUUGUACAAACUGUACAGCGCGGCAGCGACGCACAGACAUUUGUACCACCACGCCUUUCCCGCGCAGAAAGCGGAGCCAGCCGAGGCCUCGGAGAGGAAGAAGGUGUAAGCCCGGCGCACGCCCAUCGAUGCAUGAACG